AUGUCUCGUACGACCAUCCAUUACCGCUACCCGGUACCCCCGCAAUUGCAACCGCCUGCACGCCCGCACGUUGCAAAACCAAACACCGGGGAUCUCUCGUUCUACCAUCUCAAGCACACGCUUGGCAGCGCCAAGUGGGGCGAUUAUCAGAUUUUCGGAGGAAUUGGCGAUGAGGGCACGCUGACGCCGAUCGUCGAAGAUCAUCAUUGGGCGACGAGCAAUGGGAGAUCAUCGUCGUCGCGGCGAUCGUACAACUCUAUUCCGAUAGGAUCGGAGACGCCAUUUCAUGAUGUGGUGGAUAGAGCGCUGGUAGUAUACCAACUGCCACGCGAGUUCCACGAAAGGCAGCGGGAGGCGCUGAAGAAAGGCAGCCGCAGGCCGUUGGCUCGGCUAGAGGCCGAUACGCAGGUUCGGCAUAUCUUGCUCAAGAACAUGGAGGCGCUGCCGAUGAGCUUCAACGGGAGGGAUGACAACCCGUGGGAAUUCAGCGACAUCGUGUUUCACGUGCCGUUCUAUCAGGAGGUCAGGCCGGCAGGCCACGCGGCGCAUGGAGAUGGAGACGAGUUUUGCUGCUUUGGGCACGAUUCUGGGAAAGCGCCUACUACGCUUUGGGGGAGGAUCUUUGGAUCGCAAGGAAAGAAAGAAGGAAAGACUGCCGGUGUCUGUUUUGCACGGGAAGCUGUUACGAUAUGUGUGUUCAACCACGAUGAAUAUGAGAAACAGCACUGGCAGCAUAAGAGAGCCAUGAGCCUCAGCAGCAACUGGACAGCGCUAGUCGUCGAUCCUCGAGACAUCUUCAAGUUUACUGAUGACAAGCAUAGUCAGAGGUUUGUGGAUGGCAUCUUGCCACCGAGCGCAAGGAAUUCCAACAGAGAGGCUAAGCACCAAUGGACCGACUAUCAAAACGCCGACUUCUUCCAAACGCGGUUGAUUCAGAUUGCGCUGAAACAUAUCACUGACGAAUGGCAAGAGUCGAUCGUAUCGAUUGACGACGUCUGCAACAAUUUUGAAAAGAACACUCGCAAGCGCAUGGAAGACCCAUCAUACUGGCGCGGCGAAGUCAACGGUACGCUUAUACAAGCGCACAAAAUUUCAAGAGGUCUGGAAAUCCUUCAGCAAUCAAUCAGAAAUAUCAUUGAAGACAAAGAGAACCAAGACAUGGAUUACGGGGUCUGGAGGAGGUUCCGCAACGCCAGGCCAAGACGAAGAAUGGGGGAUUUGGAGAAUUUGCAGAAAGCGUCGAAAGAAGAGGUGCCGCCCAAACCGCUUGGUAUAGGCGAAGAGAAGAACAGGCUCAAACAUAUCCUCUGGGACAUCUGUGAUAUCUAUCAGCAGAGACUUUUCUCGGUGCAAGCGAGACUGCGAGCGAGGAGAGAGGCCGUCGAUAGCCUGAGAGGCUUGGUUAUCGACCUUUCACAAACCAGGGCAUCCCUGUACGCGAACCAACUGGGGGACAAUGUAAAAUGGCUUACUUACUUCUCCAUAAUCUUCUUGCCCCUAAGUUUCUGCACGGCGCUUUGGUCAAUGAACUAUGACCUCCAUUCCAAGCAUGACUUCAUUGUCGCGAUCGCUCUCUCUUCUCUGGCAACCUUUCUCCUUUUGCUGUUCCUGCUGUUGAAACAUUAUAACGUGUCGGUCAACCAUUCAUAG